AUGAACUCAGAGAAUUGUAACGCCGUUCGGUCCCACGGGAAUUAUGGUAAUCCCGCCUUUUUGUCGUCCAACACUAAUGACACACUCCAUCAUGAAGAUAGGCUCCUUCAAGGAGAUGAGUCAUCGGAACAAGAAAAGAUACUUUGCCAGAAUGUUGAAUAUUUUGGUCGACAAAAUCAUGAUGAUGGAGUUGAACAGGUUAAGCCGCCCAUCAACGGCGAAUUUAACGAUUUCAGUGAAAAAAAGGAAGAUGGUGCGAUUCAUGUUCGGGGCAUCGAUUCGGAGUGGAUACCCAACGGAACAAACACAGAUCAACAACAAGUUAAUAGAUUUGAAUGUUCAGGAAUCAUUCACGGAUUUGAAACAACUUUGGGGCCAUCGAUAACCUGGAGGGCUCUACAUGGACAAAAAAAAAUUCCUAAAACGCCAUGUCAAAUUGUACUCCCGGACAGUAAGUUUGAAGUACAGAAAAAUGAAAUCAAUCCUUCUAUGCGACAGAUGUCAUUGACACGAUCAUCAAAAUCCAACCGCAAACUUGUUGCAAAUUCACUUGGCCAUGGUCUCCAAAAUCAAGAUCAAGAUGAUGAUAUUAAAGAAGAUCUUGACGGUUAUAUUGAGGAUGUUGGAGAUUAUGGUUUUGACCAUAUCAUUGUCAUCGGGGAACGCUACUGUGGACUUCUUUUUAUGGACUGUUUCGGUCGUGUGUUUGAUUUGGAUUCUAUGGGCAAUGUGUUAUGGUUACUUGGCGAUUACCACAAAAUAGUGGAAAGGAUGACAAAAGGACCCAAGACUGACUGGGGGUGCCAUGGAUUGUGA